CGUAAGUGUCAAAGUAAACACCUCCGACAAGGAUAAUAAAGCUCGUUAAAACAGUUGAAGUUGAAGUUGAAAACAAACUUUUCUAACAUUUUUGUGCAAAAUCAUUAAGUUAUUAAAGCGGAAAGCUCCAAAAUACCUGCGAUGUCGGACACUGAACUGGAUUCUUCAGAACUAGGCACUCAUGAAUACUGGCAGAGAACUUAUACAAAGGAGAUAUCGAAUUAUGAUGACCAUGGCGACACUGGCGAUGUCUGGUUCGGGGAAGACAGUGCCAUCAGGGUCAUUGAUUGGAUAUGCCGAUGUGAUUUAGAGAAAGACAUUGCUGUUGUCGACUUAGGAUGCGGUAAUGGGUACACACUUUCAGAAUUAGCCAGAGAAGGCUUUGUGAAUCUCCUAGGCGUUGAUUAUUGUAAGGAAGCUGUAACGUUGGCUGAAAAAGUGACUAAACAGGAAUACCCCUUCAUUAGAUAUCAGGUUUAUUCAUAAUAACAUCAUGCAACUGGACAGAGUCAGAGCUUUGCCGCCAUUUUGAAGAAAAAUUAAAACUAAAAUACGUAAUACCAACACCGCAAUUCAAAUUUGGCGGGAAAACCGGCAGUGUUGUUUCUUCC